UUGUACACCUACCAAUAUUUAAUUUUCUUUUGCUUUGUAAAUCGGUAUUUUAAAUUAAAACGAUAUAACAUUGCCUCAUCCCAACACCUUCUUCUUAUUACCUCAAGAACGGCACCAUGGCAACUAACUACGCCAAGUACGCGCAGCUGAUCAACGCGAGCACCAACUACGCGCGGCGCAUGAAGCGGCUCUCCAACCGCAUCUUCAGCGAGGUGGCGAUCCCCACCAACGACAAGUCGCUGAAGGUGGUGAAGAUGUUCUCGGCGCGGCCGCUGCACUCCGACGAGGCGGUGCUGCACUACUACCCGCGCCACCCGGAGACGCACGCGCUGGCGCUGCGCCUGCGCGAGCUGGGCCUGUUCCGCGACGAGCACCAGGACUUCAAGGACGAGAUGCGCCGCCUGCGCGAGCUGCGCGGGAAGGUCAAGGUCUGGAGGCGCAAGCUGCAGGACAACAACAAGGAGUAGACACCAGUGACCCAUUUCAUGUAAUUAAUUAGUCCAUAAUGUGUAAGUAGAUAUUUAAUAGCCAAUAAGCUCUGUUAUGUUAUGAUGUUGUGUAAAUAAAUAAAACAGGUAUUUAAAUAGC